AUGGGAACAGGGAUCACACCACGGGAACACUUGGACGAGGCCGUUGAGACGUUGAUCCCCCUGAAGGGACAUGUUCGAAGGCCCCCAGUAGUGCCCCCAGUAGUGAGCGUCGAGAUGUUGGGAAGCGAUUUCCAAGGGGUCGUUAUGAGUUUCGACGGUGCCGCAAAGCUCUCCACCAAGAAAGGAAGCUGUGGUUGUGUGCUAUGGCAGUUACCCGGUUGGAAAGUUCUAAAAGCAAAAGGUUUCCUGUUGGAGAAUGUCACGGUAAACGAUGCCGAAUAUCAUGGACUUAUCAAAGGACUCGAGAUGGCCAUCGAAAUGAGUUUGCAAGAUUUGGUCGCAGUCGGAGAUUCUCGAAUUGUUAUUCAACAGGUUCAAGGCCUGAUCAACUGCAACCAACCUCACCCCCAAACGCAUCUUGCCAAAGUUGAGUUACUGAAAGAAAAGUUCGGAUCAUUACGCCUGCCUACUGCGGAGUCAGCUCCAUUGACAAAAUCAGCCCGCGUGCUCGCAGCAGUGACAUCCAAAAGUCAAGCCGAACCCACUUCGAGGGACCGACCUGUGGACCCUUUGGAAUUCCAAGCUGAACGAUGGCGCCGCAUCCGAGUGCAUCAGGACGCAGAUGAGUACUUGUCGGAGAUUAAAGACUUUCUGAAGGAAGACUUCGAGAAGUUUUCGCCCAGAAGACUGAGAAAGGUUGCCAAGAUUGCCGACCUAUUCAUACUGGACACUAGAGAUGUGUUGUAUCGACUAGCUCGCUCCACUCGUGACCACCCGCGGGACUUUCAGGAUGAACCUCGACUCGUCGUCCCAAAAGGUCUCAGGGAUGAUGUCUUGCAUUACGGCCACGAGGACUUUCAAGGAGGUCACCAAAGCAUCACCAGGACCCAUAAGAGAUUGUGUUCAGAGUUCUAUUGGCCUGGGAUGUAUGCGGAUGUAGAACACUUUGUGAAAGAAUGCGUUGAUUGCGCAAGUGGAAAAGGAAAACCUCCAAAUGCCGGACCAUCGCCCGGGAAUAUCGAACCCAGACAACCUUUCGAAGUGGUCUCGAUGGACUUCGUGACGCACAUGCCGAAGUCCGACCGAGGGAAUACGUUUUUGCUAUUCAAAGAUAUUUUUUUUCUGGAUAUG